AUGGCGGGGGUUCCUGAGUCGGUGGUCCCUGCCCCUCCGCGGGACGUGGAGAGAAUGGCCGGGACAGACGACCAGGCCUUGGUCCCCGCCGCUGCCCGAGAGGACUUCCGGGUGCACUGCACCUCGAAGCGGGCCGUGACGGAAGUGCUAGAACUGUGCGGCCACAUCGUGCAAAAGCUCGGGGAGGCGCUGCCGGAGAAGAUCCGAGAGCCCGCCCUGCGAGAUGCGCAGUGGACUUUUGAGUCAGCUGUGCAAGAGAAUGUCAGCAUUAAUGGACAAGCAUGGCAGGAAACUUCAGAUAAUUGUCUCAUGGAUUCUGAUAUCAAAGUGCUUGAAGAUCAGUUUGAUGAAAUCAUAGUAGAUGUAGCCACAAAACGUAAGCAGUAUCCCAGAAAGAUCCUUGAAUGUGUCAUCAAAACCAUAAAAGCAAAACAAGAAAUUCUGAAGCAGUACCACCCAGUUGUACAGCCAUUGGACCUAAAAUAUGAUCCUGAUCCAGACACUGUAUAUAACGUUUCCAGUACCCAGAAAUGUUUUCUUGUGCUCCUUUCUGUUCAGUAUUCUGCUGCCAUCAGAGCCUCAUGUAUGGAAAAUUUGAAAUGCAGAGGAGAAACAAUAGCUAAGGAGAUGAGUGAAGUCAUGAAGUCCUUGCCUGCAUUAAUUGAACAAGGAGAUGGAUUUUCCCAAGUUUUAAAGAUGCAGCCUAUUAUCCAGCUCCAGAGAGUCCACCAGGAAGUCUUUUCCAGUUGUUAUGGGAAACCAGAUGUUAAACCUGAGAACCUUAUAACACAAAUAGAAACCACACCAACAGAGACUUCUACCAGGACAACCACUGACAUAGUACUGAAAAGAAAGCAAACUAAAGACUGCCCCCAGAGAAAAUGGUAUCCAUUGCGGCCAAAGAGAAUUAAUCUUGAUACAUAAGCUCGUUUUGUUUAUCUUGGGAGUUGAAAUUAGGCACUAUCAGCAUUUAGCGUACAGCCUAAUGCCUACAGAGGACUUCAUUUACAACAACAAGUAACUCUUUAGUGAUUCCUUUAUAGAAGUAUAGUAGCUCUAUGCUGGGAUCUGAUGUAAUAUUGUAUUUCUUUCCUCACUAUUCAUCUAUAGCUGAUGAAAAGCAUGAUUUUUGAAUAUUGACACAAAGCCCACCAAUGGGCAUUAAGAGUGCAAACUUUUACUGUCAAGUGCCAUCCACUUUUGGCUGCCUUAACAGCUUUUAUGGAAUUUCAUGAGUAACAUAUUCUAUUGGGUUUUUUGGGUAUACAUCUUUCUUAAAAAAAGAGCUAUGUAGCAGUUGUCUUUAGUUAAGUGCUGGAGGUAGUCAUCAGUUCUGCACAGGAGCUGAAGCAGAUUUUUUUUGUUUUUGAUGCUGUUUGAUUUAUCAAAUUAAUGUGGAGAUGACAAGACUGGCUUUGGCUUUGUUACUCCAAGUUCAGCUAAUUUGGAUUUGUAGGAUUAAUUUUAGGAUUUUUUGUUUUUGUUUUGUAAGACAAAGAAGAAGACUAUUAUUUGUGCAAGACUUUCUUUUAGAAAUAAAAAUUGGCGUGUAGCCAACGUUUCUUUCCCAGAUUUUUAUUUUCCAUAGACCUUUUAACUUUUAAUCAUAAUUUGACUCGGGACUAAUAGUUUGUCUUCAGGAUUUCUCAUUAUUUCUUUUAGAUGACUCAAGUUCAAAAGUAUAUAUCAGAUUAAUACGUUAACAACUUGUCAUUGUGGAACAAAUAUAGAUGCAGUCAUACUGAACUAUUUUACAUUUAAGGAUGUUUAUAUAUCAAGGAUAUCAUCAUUGGUAGAAGUCUGAGAAAGCUAUUUUGCCUGUACUUCUAACAUUUAGCUAGUUUCUUAUAGCUCUUAUUGUGUUUGCUACUCAGAUUAAUACAGUGUAGGCAGAGCCAUCUAACUUCCCAACUGUUUCCUCUUUUGAUGACUGUGUACCUUCAUUCAUUUGCAGAGGAAUUUACUAAUCAUGAGGUCAGAAAAUCUGUACUUCUCUUGUUUAUUAUGUCUUAAUAGUCAUAAAUGUCUAAAUGUGACAGAAAGUCUGUCUCAGUGAAGAAAAUUUACAAAGCCACUUUAUUGCAUUCUGUAUUUUAAUGUUACAAUUUGAGAUCUGUAUAUUUGUACACAGCAGUGUCUUUUUUAUUAAAAUAAUGUACAAAGACUGAAAUCUUGAUACUGUGUGUUUUUAAGCGUUGU